AUGUCCGCGACUGAAAACACACGCCGCUUUAGUGCUGUUCUUGAGGCUGUGUCAAGCGUAGGGUUCCAUAACUUGGACGAAAUGGUUUUGGAGUACUACUCGGCGAGAUUCGAAGCCGGCAGCUUACCCGCUAUGGCUCAAUGCGCCAGUCGCAGUCGCCGCAUCAAGACCAUGGUAGAGAGUCUACAGGAAGACAGUCGCCAAUGGCCACGAUGGGAGUCGAGAGGUUUUUAUGAGAGCAUGUCGCAGGCGACUAUUUCGCUCUGUCUGGGAGAAAUGGAGCGACAGGGCAAGGCUCAUGGACGGCACCAGCUGCCGCAAAGCGAUCCUGGAAGCCUCAUUCUUGCGUUGGAACGGCUGCUACAGUCGAGUGUGCAAAGUAGCCCAACAAUCGUGGAGGAAUUGAAGCUGUCAGAAACUGCCGACGCAGCCGUCGACGAGAUGCCUCAUCUCUGGUCCCUCCUCACAGAACUAGCAGGCUCUCGGGAUCUGCUUAACGAGCUUGAGAAUAAAUGA